UCAAUUCUAUUCGUGGUUUCGUACACCAGCCAUUCACCGCCCACACUGUUUCCUUCUCCUUUCUCUCCCAUUAAAUCUCUCUGUUUUCGGCCUUUUCUUCUCCAAUGGCUACUCUUGGUGACAUAGGAGUCUCGGCACUUAUAAACAUACUCGGUGCUUUUGCAUUCUUGCUUGCUUUUGCUCUGCUAAGAAUCCAACCCAUCAACGACAGAGUCUACUUCCCAAAAUGGUAUCUCAGUGGAUCAAGGAGCAGUCCAACAAGAGGGAGAGGAAACUUUGUUGGCAAGUUUGUAAAUCUCAACUUCAAGACCUACUUUACCUUCUUAAAUUGGAUGCCUCAGGCCUUGAAGAUGAGUGAGACUGAGAUCAUCAACCAUGCUGGCCUUGACUCUGCUGUUUUCUUGAGAAUUUACGUUCUUGGCUUGAAGAUUUUUGUGCCAAUAACAUUGGUGGCGCUCAUAAUUUUUAUUCCAGUAAAUGUAUCAAGUGGAACACUGUCCUUUUUGAAGAGAGAAUUGGUGAUGAGUGACAUUGACAAGCUUUCAAUAUCAAAUGUUCGUCCUAAAUCUGAAAGGUUCUUCUUUCACAUAGGAUUGCAGUACUUGUUUACAAUAUGGACAUGCUUCAUGCUGUAUAUGGAAUAUGAUUACAUAUCAUCAAUGAGAUUGCAAUUCUUGGCUUCACAGCGUAGAUGUGCUGAACAGUUCACAGUAGUGGUCCGGAAUAUUCCACGUGUUUCUAGUCGUUCAGUAUCAGAUUCUGUAGACCGCUUCUUCCAGACAAACCAUCCAAAUACCUACCUUUGCCACCAGGCAGUCUACAAUGCAAACAAAUUUGCAAAGCUUGUAAGAAAAAGAAAUAGGGUCCAAAAUUGGCUGGACUAUAACCAGCUUAAGUUCGAAAGGCAUCCAGAAAAAAGGCCAACAAAAAAGACUGGAUUUUUGGGGCUUUGGGGGAAAAGAGUUGAUUCUCUUGACUAUUAUAAACAGCAAAUAAAAGAACUUGAGAAACGAAUGGCAUUGGAACGACAGAAAAUUCUCAAAGACCCAAAAUCUAUUUUGCCAGUUUCUUUUGUUUCAUUUAAUUCGCGUUGGGGGGCUGCUGUUUGUGCUCAGACACAGCAAAGCAAGAACCCAACUCUGUGGUUAACAAAUUGGGCACCAGAACCCCGUGAUGUUUACUGGCGUAACUUGGCUAUACCUUUUGUUUCAUUGAGCAUCCGGAAACUGAUAAUAUCCGUGGCAGUAUUUGCUUUGGUGUUCUUUUACAUGAUACCAAUUGCUUUCGUGCAAUCCCUAGCAAAUCUAGAGGGUCUCGAAAAAGUUGCACCAUUCCUCAGGCCUGUUAUAGAAUUGAAAUUUAUCAAAUCAUUUCUACAGGGUUUCCUUCCUGGUCUAGCUCUUAAGAUCUUUCUGUACAUUCUUCCUACAAUUCUGAUGAUCAUGUCCAAAAUUGAGGGAUAUAUUGCACACUCAAUGCUAGAACGAAGGGCGGCAGCAAAGUAUUAUUAUUUUAUGUUGGUGAAUGUAUUUUUGGGAAGCAUAAUAACGGGAACAGCUUUUGAGCAAUUGCAUGCUUUCCUUCACCAAUCACCAACCCAGAUUCCUCGGACAAUUGGUGUGUCCAUACCAAUGAAGGCCACUUUUUUCAUCACCUAUAUAAUGGUUGAUGGGUGGGCUGGUAUUGCUGGUGAGAUUCUUCGAUUGAAGCCACUGGUCAUAUUUCAUCUCAAAAACAUGUUUAUAGUGAAAACAGAAAGAGAUCGAGAGAUGGCAAUGGAUCCUGGGAGCGUGGACUUUCCAGAAACUCUUCCAAGUCUCCAAUUAUACUUUCUUCUGGGGAUUGUUUAUGCAGUUGUCACUCCUAUCCUCCUUCCUUUUAUACUGGUCUUCUUUGCCUUCGCAUACUUAGUUUAUCGUCAUCAGAUAAUUAAUGUGUACAACCAGCAAUAUGAAAGUGCUGCAGCAUUCUGGCCACAUGUUCACAGCCGCAUAAUAGCAAGCUUACUGAUAUCACAGCUUCUAUUGAUGGGGCUGCUCAGUACAAAAAAGGCUGCUAAUUCCACUCCCUUGCUGGUUAUCUUGCCAAUACUGACGUUAGCAUUCCACAAAUAUUGCAAGCAUCGGUUUGAACCUGCAUUCAGAAAAUACCCCCUCGAGGAAGCCAUGGAAAAAGACAUAGAAGAGAAAUCAAGAGAACCAGAACUGAACUUAAAAGCAUACUUGGCUGAUGCUUACUUGCAUCCAAUUUUCCAGUCAUUUGAAGAGGAAGUGCAACUCGAGCAAGUGGAGGUCAAGGUAGACAAAUAUCGAUCUCGCGCUUCGAAUCCUCCAGCUAGUGAACUCAGUUCCCCUUCGCCACCACAUCACCUCCAUUCUUCCUCCCCUCCCCAUCAUCUUCAUUCUUCCUCUCCAACCCAUCAUGUCUAUGAUCCUUCCUCUCCUCCACAUUACGUCUAUCAUCCUCCAUCCCCGCCUCAUUACGUGUAUCAGUCUUCAUCACCACCCCAUCAUGGCUACCAUUAUCAAUACGAUCCUUGAAGUUGAUCCCUCCAUGAACUGAACUUUUAGAGGUACACUAAUCCGCUUACAAACCAAUUUGUUUGUCUUGUUAACCUUUUCUUGCUAUUACUCGUCCAGGUUGUGCCCCUUUCAAAUGUAAUUAUUGGUUGAUCAAUGUAAAUGAUAAUGGCUGUGGUUUCUCAAAUUUCUGCUUCAAAUAUUAGAAGCUAUCUUGUCACUCUAAUGGGUUAAUCCUGCUUAGUUUAUUGAUAUUGGCGUUGUAGUGGAAUGUUUUUUGUUUGUUUU